UUUCAGGGUCGCCUAAACACAGAGCCCACCUCCUCCCCCUCGCUCUGCUCUCUCACAGUCUCGCUCGCUCGUCGCCGCCGCCGCCGCCGCCCCGCCGUCUCGCACCUCCAGCUCAACAAGGAAAGUGAAGAGCAGCAUAGCGAGAAAUGGCAGCGUUCCUGAGGUCAAAAUGUUCAUCGGUUGGACGUACUUUGAUGGGAAACCUGGGAAAUAAUUUGUUCGGAGCUGUCAGCUCGUCUGUUGAGGCAGCUACAAGACCUUCUCAUUGUGAUGCUAUCAGCCAGCAAAUCAGAACAUUCAUCCAGAUGAGAACCAACCUCAAGGUAGUGGAUAACUCUGGAGCGAAGCGGGUUAUGUGUAUUCAGGCCUUGAGGGGGAAGAAAGGAGCAAGGCUUGGGGACACGAUUAUCGGAUCCGUCAAGGAAGCACAACCUCGUGGUAAGGUCAAGAAAGGAGAUGUAGUCUAUGGAGUGGUUGUACGUGCUGCUAUGAAGAGAGGGCGCAACGAUGGCAGCGAGAUCCAGUUUGAUGACAAUGCAAUUGUCCUUGUAAACAACAAAGGCGAGCUGAUUGGCACUCGUGUCUUUGGUCCUGUGCCCCAUGAGCUCAGGAAAAAGAAGCAUCUCAAGAUCCUGGCAUUGGCUGAGCACAUCGUUUGAGAUCCUGGCAUUAGUUCUGCAGAGUGAAAUGAGUAUGGUGUUUCCCUUUAAAAAUGUUAUGGGAUGUUUUGGUUCUCUCUUGAUGCUAGUGCAUUUCACCGGUUUAGCCAUUUCGGUUUUCAAUAAUGUACCCUGAGAAGAGAAUACGAACCAUAUGAAUUGGAUCCUGAGAAAACACAUUUUGGACUUCCAUGUAACAUGAAUCGUAUUGCUCAGGUUCUUUCUUGUA